AUCUUUUUCUUCUUCUUCUUCCUGAAUUUCUCUUUUCCCCCGACUUGGAUUUUUUAAUCGAUCGAGUAACGCUGAAUUUUCCUCGAGCAAAUCCUAUAUAAUCCUCACAUCAACUCAACUCAGCCAUCAAAAUCACAAUCACAAUCGAAGUCACAUCCUGAUCCAUCUAAACAAAUUAAGAAAUGGCUCCUCCAUAUCUUCCCUUCCUGAUCUUCUCCGUCUUCUUCACCAUCGCCGGAGCUCAAGUUCCGGUGACCCAGACCUUUCACUACACCGUCAAUGGCACAUACGAAUUCAAAUACACCGAGUACGAAGCCAAUUACCGCAUAGUUCGCAACCAAGCCCACAGCAUCUCCACCUUCCCCUUCGAACUCUGCUUCUACAACACCACUCCCAACGCUUUCGUCCUCGCCAUUAAAGCCGGCAUCCCCACUGACGAUAGCCACAUGCGGUGGGUCUGGGACGCUAACCGCGACCACCCUGUUCGCGAAAAAGCCUCCCUCUCCCUCCGCCGCGACGGCAACCUCGUCCUCGCCGACGCCGACGGCAGCCUCGUGUGGCAGACCGCCACGGCCAACCGGGGCGUCGUCGGCCUCAAGCUCCUCCCUAACGGUAACCUCGUCCUCCACGACAAGACCGGCCGGUUCAUCUGGCAGAGCUUCGACCACCCCACCGACACCCUCCUGGCAGGCCAGUCACUCCGAAUCAACGGCCACGAUCGGCUAAUCUCCCGCUCCUCCGACUCCGACGGCUCCAAUGGGCCCUACGGCAUAAGGCUAGACCGCGAAGGCUUCAACUCGUAUAUAAACGUAAACACCUCCGGCGGACGGCGGAAGCCGCUAGUGUACGGCGGUUGGCGGGGGACGGACUUCGGAAGCGUGAUCACCUUCGACGUCGUCAGGAAAAGCAGGAACCCGACGGAGUACGAGCUCGUGCUGGCGGUGAACCAAAACGGUUCCGGCUCCGGCGGCCGGCGACUCCUCCAAGUGCCGCCGACGAGAAACGAGAACCAGCUCAUCCUCAACAAGCUGAACUACAACGCGACAUACUCGUUCUUGAGGCUGGGCUCCGACGGCAACCUGAGAGCCUUCACGUACUACGACAAGGCGAGUUACCUGCGGUGGACGGAGACGUUCGCUUACUUUUCCAGCUACUUCGUGUCGGAGUGUCAGCUGCCGACGAGGUGCGGUACGUUCGGGUUGUGCGAGAGGGGGAUGUGCGUGGCGUGUCCGAGCCCGAGGGGGCUUCUGGGGUGGAGCGACAGGUGCGCGCCGCCACAUGCGGGGGCGUGCAACGGGAUGACGGCCGCGGGGACGGUGGAUUACUAUAAAAUAGUGGGCGUGGAUCACUUCUUGAGCGCUUAUUUGCCGGAGGGGAAUGGAACAAUGAAGGUGGAGGAGUGCAGGGAGAGGUGCAGUAGGGAUUGCGAGUGCGUAGGGUUUUUCUACGAGGAAGAUAGUUCGAGGUGCUUGCUGGCGCCAUAUCUUGGGACUCUCAUAUCCAUCGAAGGGGAGACUGGCUUUGUGGGAUACAUCAAGUAUACGAAGUAGGUGGAAAUUGAUUAUUAAUGUUGGUACGGAAGAUUAAUGAUGUAUAUUAAUUGUUGUGUUUUGGCAUUGAUGAUUAUUGUAUUUUGUUGUUGGAAAUAAGUUUGAUGUGUUGUUGGGGAUAAAUAAAUUUGAUAUUUCAAUGGGAAUAAAA